UAAGCUGUUGAGAUUAAUUAGGUUUCUGGGGAGCUCCAUGUUUAGUUUUUUUUUUUUUUUGUGUGGAUAGACUUGUGAUAGUUCAUUGUGAUUUAUUAGGGUUGGCAGUGUUAUAAUUGUGCUUAAUGAUGUUUUGCAGAGGACAGGCUUCGGUGAAGCUGUGAUCUUUUGCCCAUUAAUCUGGAAAUGGCAGAUUCAGGAGAAUCUCAACAGCCUGAACAAGUAUGCAGCUUUUUCAGAAAGCCAACUAAGGGGAAGAACAUCAGGAAGAGAGCAGUAGAAGACGAUGAUGCCGAGGAUCCAAAAACCGACAGCUCUUUCUUAAACAAUCAGAAGAAGUUUCAGUCUUCAAAGGAAAUUCAGGUACAAAAUGACAGUAGGGCAACAGCAACUCUGGAAACCGAGACAGACUUUGGAAGAGAUGCAAGGGCAAUACGUGAAAGAGCUCUUAAGAAAGCAGAGGAGGAUCUGAAGGGUAACAAACAGAUUUCUUCAUGCGGCAAUGAGAAGCUGUACAAAGGAAUUCAUGGGUAUACAGAUCACAAAGCUGGAUUUAGAAGAGAGCUAACAAUCGCAAGUGAGAAAGCUGGUGGAUCACAUGGGCCACUUAGGGCAUCUGCACACAUCAGGUUCUCAGCAAGGUUUGAUUAUCAGCCGGAUAUAUGUAAAGAUUACAAAGAGACCGGUUACUGUGGUUAUGGAGAUUCUUGCAAGUUUAUGCAUGAUCGAGGGGAUUACAAGUCUGGAUGGCAAAUGGAGAAUGAGUGGGAUGAGGCAGAGAAGGCAAGGAAGAGGAAAUUAGCUAUGGGUGCGUUGGCCAAGGAGGAAGGUGAAUUUGAUGAAGCCAAUGAUGAUGACGACGAUGAUGACGAGGAUGCAAUGCCAUUUGCAUGUUUCAUUUGUAGGGAGCCUUUUGAAGAUCCUGUUGUGACCAAGUGCAAGCAUUACUUCUGUGAACAUUGUGCUCUAAAGCAUCAUUCCAAGAACAAGAAAUGCUUCGUCUGCAACAAGCCGACGCUGGGUAUUUUCAACACUGCUCAUGAAAUACGCAAGAGGAUGGAAGAGGCGAACAAAUGAUCAUGCUGGCUUGCUGCAGAUGCUGUAUCGGCUGAUCACUUUUUGAGUCCCUGACACGGGCUGUUGCAUCUUCCCGGCUCAUGACACUUCGAGCAAUUUCAUUUUAAGAGAGUUAUUAGUGAUCUAGUAUGACACCAUCGCAUUGCGAGUAUACCAUGUAAUCAAAAAGUUGAUCUGCA